UCACAUCAAGAUCCCAUUCUUUGUAGGCUUGUAACCCAACUUAAUUCUGGACAGGAAUCUGCGAUCAGAGACUCAUCACGUCCUCGCUAGCUAGAAGACAUGCAUAAUAACGUAUAUGCCUUCAGAAAUAUGUGUUCACUUCGUGUCUUCGUUCAUAUAUAUGCACCCAAAAUCAGUUCUUGAGCAGCCUUUAGCCAGCUUCGUAUCAGGUAUCACACACUGUUGUUAGCACCUGCAACUGCAAUGUGGAGCUGGAGCUCCAUGGCGUUUGGCUCUCUCCUCCUCCUCUUCCUCCUGGCUACCAGAGCUUAUGGUCUUGGGAGGCAGGACAUGCAGUUGCACACAGCACACUUGCCCAUGAACACGAAGGUCAAUAGCCAGAAGCAGGAGAUACCAGCUGACUUCAAGUGGCAACUACGACCGCCGGCGGGCACACUGGACAGCCGCCGGAACGGCUUAGGCGGCAGCACCACACCGCCAGAGCAUCGCCGCCUGGCGACGACCACGGGACGUGCCGCUGCCGCGAAGGAGGAAGACGGCGGAGGAGAGGUCAAGAAGACGAUGUGGAGGACUCAUCGUCGUGAGGUGGCGGCGCCCAGGUUUAUCCACCAAGACUACGCCGGGCCCAGCGGUCACUCACCCAACCACCACCGGGCAAUUCCCUGCGGCCCAUGCUAGCAUGCAUCGAGCACAACAGCAGUUUUUCUCCGGUGAACAAAUGCUGCUUGCAUGCUUUGCGUCCGGAGAUGCGAUGUCCUUGUUGUGGGCUUGUGGCUGGAGAGACGACUAGCAGCAGAGGAGUCCCCUAGUAGCACCUAGCUAGAUACAGUGGCGGACCCAGGAUUUGAGGACAGUCUAGGCAAGAUUAAGUUGCUAUCCUUUAUGUCUGUGCUUGCUUGCUUCUCUCCAUUGCCGUAGGAUUAAGCGUAUGGUACUUGCUUGCUUCUCUCCAUUGCCGUAGGCAAAGCAGCCCAGGCCACCGCCUGUGGUGCCUGGGUGGUGAGUCCGCCACUGGCUAGACCCUAGUUCAAGUUGCUGGUAGACAUUGGCAGUUUUGGGCUUAUUUCAAGAUAACUUUUCUCACUCUCAAA